GAGACGUAAAAUGGAAGCUUGUACAAGAUAAAAUGGAAUCCAUUGUUCCUAAAAGCUCAUUCAUCCGUGAAGUAAAUCAUAAUUCAAGAUCUUGCAAAGCUCACAUCAGUCGUACCAAAUGUACUGAGUCAGACGAGGGCAAUGCAAAAUUUGUAUUGGCGGCAAUUUUGACAAACCAUAGGGCUUCUCCCGUCCGACAUGGAAGCUCUCUGUCUUUCCUCUGUCUCUGCAUCGGCCUCUGCUUCUUCACCUGAAGCUCUCCUCCACAGCUUCAACUCGCCAUGGGAGCUCAAGCAGGUCCACGCCCACCUCGUCAAGUCCAAAGCCCCGCUCUCGUCUCUUCCCCUCCCCCGCGUGGCCACCGUCUGCGCCUCCUCCCGGGCCCACUUCCUCUACGCCCACCGGCUCCUCACCCUCGUGCACGGCCCCGCCUCCACCACUCCCCUCUGGAACUCAUGCCUCAAAGCCCUGGCCGAAGGCGACUGCCCCUCCGAGGCCCUUUCCCUCUUCUACCGUCUGAGGGAGCUCGACGUGCUGCCCGACACCUUCACCUGCUCCUUCGUGCUCAAGGCCUGCACCAAGCUGCUUGACCUUGACAACGGCAGGAUCAUUCAUGGGUACAUUGAGAAACUGGGGUUCAGAUGGAACUUGUUUCUUGAAAACACGAUUGUGAACCUGUACGGUCUGUGUGGGGAGAUGGGAGACGCACGGAAGCUGUUCGACAGCAUGCCCCAGAGAGAUGUCGUCACUUGGAACACGAUGAUAACCCACUCGGUGAAGAGGGGAGACAUUGACAGGGCCCACGGAUAUUUCGUCCGAAUGCCCGAGAGGAGCGUGAGGUCUUGGACUGCGAUGAUUUCGGGCCUCGUCCAGUGCGGAAAGCCUGAGGAGGCGGUCCAGUUAUUCAGGGAGAUGGAGGGAACAGGUAUGAGGCCGAACGAGGUGACCGUGGUGGCGCUUCUUGCGGCAUGUGCCGAUUUGGGAGUGCUUGACCUUGGAAGAGAGGUCCACGAGUUCUCUGAUCGAAGCGGGUUUAAGAAGAACACUCAUAUCUCGAAUACUUUGAUCGAUAUGUAUGUGAAAUGCGGGUGCUUGGAGGAAGCUCGUAGAGUUUUCGAUGGCAUGGAGGAAAGGACGAUAUUCUCGUGGUCUGCAAUGAUUUACGGGCUUGCCUUGCACGGGCAGGCUCAGGAAGCUCUGACAUUUUUCGACCGCAUGGUCCACAUAGGGAUGAGGCCCAAUGGAGUGACCUUUGUCGGGCUCCUGCAGGCUUGCAGCCACAUGGGAUUGGUUGAUCGGGGCCGUGAAUUCUUUGCCGAAAUGACUCGAGACUACGGGAUAGUCCCUGAGAUUGAGCAUUACGGAUGUGUGGUCGAUCUGCUCAGCAGAGCAGGACACCUUCAGGAAGCUCGUGAAUUCAUAGAGAACAUGCCUAUGGUUCCUAACGGGAUUGUGUGGGGAGCCCUUCUGGGUGGAUGCAAGGUCCACAAGAACAUUGAGCUCGCCGAAGAAGCGAUUAAGCAUCUUUCGGAGUUGGACCCACUCAAUGAUGGCUACUAUGUCGUCUUGUCAAAUAUUUAUGCUGAUGCUGAGCAGUGGGAGGAUGUAGCGAGGGUGAGAAAGUUGAUGAGAGCUCGUGGGGUGAAAAAGACACCAGGAUGGAGCUCGAUCACCAUAGACGGGGAGAUUCACAAAUUUGUUGCCGGGGACUCUGCCAAUGACUGGAUCGAAGAGAUGUCCCUGACAUGGGAGACGCUCCUCGGGAAGAUGAAGUUGAGGGGUUAUGUUCCUAAUACAUCGGUUGUCCUUCUGGACAUGGAGGAGAGCGAGAAGGAGAAAUUCUUGUCCCGGCAUAGCGAGAAGGUCGCACUGGUUUUCGGGUUAAUUUACACGAAACCUGGGACGACCAUAAGGAUCAUGAAGAACCUCCGAGUCUGUGAAGACUGUCAUGAGGCCUUUAAGAUAGCGUCACAAGUCACUCGUCGAGAGAUAAUCGUGCGGGACCGGAAUCGGUUUCAUUUGUUCAAGGAUGGCAUUUGUUCUUGUCGGGAUUACUGGUAAUUAAGGCUAUCGAAACCGAGUUUCCUUGCCUCAAAAUUUGAGGAUUCACGGAAUCGGAUGCUAAGAAUUGGAAAAUUCAGCAACCCAUUUAAAGUACCUAAACUUAAGUAGAGAUUCCUGUAUUUUCAAGUAAAUAGAAUUUUUUUUUUCCCGA